AUGAUUAAUGGGAUUCCGUUAUCCGAAUCUGACAAGAUCAGAUUUAUCAGCGAAGAUGGAAUAUGUAUUCUAACAAUUACCGAUGUUUCCAGGCAUUUUGACGGUAUCGUCACUUGUCAAGGUGUAAAUCGUCUUGGUACGCAAAACUGUGAUGCUCAUCUGAAAGUACGGGUACCACCUGCUCCGCCGCAUUUUGAACGUCCGCUGGAGGACAAAAUUACACAGGAAGAGCAGAGUGUUGUUCUGGAAACGGAAAUCAGCGGUUUUCCGGAGCCCAAAGUUUCCUUCACUAUCAAAGGAAAACCGGUUGUGUCCGGCGAAAAUGGGGUUGAAAUUAUCGACAAAGGCAAUGGCUGCUAUCGCAUUGAGAUUUCAAAAGCAAGCAUCGAUUUACAUGACGGAGAAAUUACUUGUACGGCAUUUAAUGAACACGGACAAGCGGAAAGUAGAGCACGAUUAGUCGUUGAGCCGGUCGAGGAGGCAUCUCGCUCGGCGCCAACAUUCGUCAAAGAUAUCGAAGAUCAGACUGUGAAAUUUGGCGAGAAAGCGGUUUUCGAAACGUCUGUUCGCGGUAAUCCAAAUCCGGAAGUUACCUGGUUUAUUAACGGCCAAAAAUUGGACAAAUUCACGCCCGGCGUGCUCAUCGAAACAAUAUCAAUCACGGAUCACAAGCUUACACUCGAUUCGACACAAUAUGCUGGCACUAUUCUUUGCAGAGCUGAGAAUUCUGUUGGACGUUAUGAAACAAAAGCUAAAUUGACAGUGGUAUCAGGAGAAAAGAAGCGAGCGCCAGAAUUCAUUGAAAAAUUAACCGACCGUAGUGUUGUUGAACAGUCAACUACUGUAUUUGAAGUUCGCAUUGAAGCUCAGCCAAAAGCUGACCUGAAAUGGUUCCUGAACGAGAAAGAACUUACGGAGUCAGAGCGUAUCAAAAUACGAGAAUUUGAUAGCAGCUGGAAAUUAGAAAUCAGCAACCUGACUAUCGAAGAAACUGGUACCAUCAAAUGUGUAGCCGAAAAUUCAGAGGGUCGUGCCGAGUCAUCUGCACACCUCGAAGUUACUGGGAAACCGUUUGCACCACAGUUUGAAGAUAGACCAAAAAAUGUUACUGUUGAACGAGGUCAGGAAGCACGAUUCGAAGCACACGCUCGUGCCAUCCCGGAGCCAAAAUACCAGUGGUCAAUUGGUGGUCGCAAAGUGAAAGAAACCACAGAAGGUGUUAAAAUUGAAACCGUAAAUGGUGUCUCAAUUCUCAUCAUCGAUACCAAAUUGUUUGGUUCAUCGACGAUAUCCGUAACAGCAGAAAAUACG